AUGAAGCUUUUGGCGGAGGUACUCACAGGAACUUCGUUCUAUGUUGAAGUGGGAGAGGAUGCAACUGUAGGAGACCUCAAGAAAGAAAUUGGACAGCAGGAAAAUCUUCCCGUAGAUCGACUCACUCUGAUGGUUGGCACUGAUCCAUGUAGUAUGCUGGACAAUGACAUUGCUCCUCUUGAAGAUUAUGGGAUUCAAGAGAGCUCUCAUAUUUAUAUCUUCUUUGAACCUGUUGAACACGACUCCCCCAGUGCUUCAUUUCCUCAAGAGGCCACUUCAUCUCCAAAUGAGUCUAUUUCAUCCAGUAAAGAGGAUCCUUCAUCUCCUACAGAACCUUCUGUAGAAUCUUCUAUUACUGAUAUUGUGAAAGAACCCUCAGAUCAAGAAGAUACGCAUUAA